UGCCCGGUGUCACAGGCAUCGUUUCCUUCCAGGUCCAUACUAGAAGCCAAGUAAGAGUCUCAUUGAAAGACAAAUGGUGUCGGGUGUGCAGAUGCUUCUGACUGACAAAAUGAAGGUGGAGGGGUUACAGGAAGAUGGAGGGUCUGGUUCAGUGUCAUCUGUAGAUCAGAGUGCCACUGGUGCUGGUGGGUCGAUGUGCAGUCCCGGUUCGGCUGAACGCUGCAUGUCGCGGCUGCUGAGCGCCGUGGAGAGCGAGCUGCAGGCCGGCCGGGAGAAGGGCGACCCAACAGAGCGGGAACUGAGGGUGACGUUAGAGGAUGCCGAGCUGUGGAGGAAAUUCCAGCACAUCACUAACGAGAUGAUCGUCACCAAGAAUGGACGUCGCAUGUUCCCAGUGCUGAAAGUGAGCGUCUCUGGCCUGGACCCCAGCUCCAUGUACUCCUUCCUGCUGGACUUCGUCCCGGCUGACAGCUGCCGCUGGAAGUUUGUAAACGGGGAGUGGGUGGCGGCCGGCCGGGCGGAAAGCCGCAGCGAAGGCCGGGGCCACGGUGGCAUCUACAUCCACCCUGACUCGCCAAACUUCGGCGCUCACUGGAUGAAAGCGGCCGUGUCCUUCAACAAGGUCAAACUCACCAACAAGGUGAACGGAGGAGGACAGAUUAUGUUGAAUUCUCUCCAUAAGUAUGAACCUCAGCUCCACAUCGUGUGUGUUGGCUCUCGCCAUCGACUGGUUUCUAACGUUUCCUUCAAAGAAACGCAGUUCAUCGCCGUCACUGCCUACCAGAAUGAAGAGAUCACAGCCCUAAAGAUCAAAUACAACCCGUUCGCUAAAGCCUUUCUGGAUGCCAAAGAGAGGAUCCCAGGUGGGCGGAGUUUGCCUGAGCCAUCAGAGGGCCGUGUUGGGAUUCAGUCCUGUUGGUCGCUGUGCUCAGCUGGAGGAGGAGGUGCUUUUCCUUAUGGCAGCAGCCUCCCGCUGACAUCACAUCAUCACCAUGGUUAUAAACACCAUGGAUACCCUGGGAGACACACGCCUUACCCCACUGCCUACCUGCCCCACCGCCCGCACUCCUCAGUGUGUCUCUCUGAAGGUGUUCAGGUGAUAUCUGAUGGCUGGAGCACCUCCUCCCCUCGUCCCACCUCAUCUUCUUCCUCACCCUCCUCUGCCUCCAUUCCCUUGAGUAGCAGCGCCCCUUCAUCACAGCCUCCUCCUCCUCACAGCUCCAGUCAGUACCCUUGUCUGUGGACAGUUGGAUGCAGCGAGCUGAGCCCCUCCCACUCACCCUGCGCUGGGCUCCACCAUGGACCAAUCAGCAGCGAGGGACUCAUGCAGCCUCCUGGUCACACUCGGAUGGGCGGGGCUGGAUGGCCGCCUGGUCCCACACACUCUUUCUGAAAUGUGAUGUGAUUGGCCAAAUUAAUCAGUGAUAACCCACUACACACUAGUAACCUGGUAGUAACUGUUCAGUGAGAUUAUUUGAUAGUAACCAGCUGCUGGUUAUUUGUACAUAGAGUACUGUAAGCUUUCAUGGCUACUCAUAUCAUGCAGUUGAUAAAAAAUAUAUAUAUUUUAAACACUAUUUGUAACUAUUUAUGACUAUUUGUAUAGAUAUCAUUUCAAAAGGAAUGGUUACUUGUAUCUGCUUGUGGCUACAAUCACAUAGGGACAGAGAUCCCCAACCCCAACCCCAAAAAUAUGUAGUCUUCAACCAGUUGGCGAGCAGUUUCUGGCAGUUGCUUUGUGAAAUUAAUCACAAAGAGGGUGCUGCACAAAACACCUCCUAAAAGUUGCUUUGGUGGGUACCAGAUUACCGCAGUGACUCACAGUUUUCAGGUAAUAAGCCAACUUAUCUGCAAAUACUCAUCAAGAGUUCAUAACCCACUAGUGAAAUUGGAAACAGAGACCGGUCACCUACUAGUAAAAGUUGGAGCCUCUUAUACACGUUGGGUCCAGCAGUAAGACAAAGCAUUUAUCUGAUGGUAAACUGUGAACUAUGUAUGCAAACUCUUGGCUAACAUAGAAGUCUGUUAGUGACCAAAAGAGUCUUAUGGAGGUUUUCUGGUGCAGCACCUUCUUUAUGACAGACUUUGUGACCUAACAGCCAACAAGCACUCACCAACCAUUCAGGAAAUACACACUUUUUUUCCCUAGCGACCAUAGGUUGACUGGGGUUGAUGGACUA